AGAAAUAAAUAUUUUGGUUUUGGGUUAUAAUUGAAAAUCGCAGCAGGUUUAUUUUCUUUAUUCGAUUAUGGAUGUACCUAAACGUUCGUCAUUCACAAUACCAAAGAUUAAUGUGAAAUACAAUGGAAAACUCAAGGAAAUACUAUCGUCAACCAAAGCUAAAUCUGAAGUACAAGAUCUAUCUAACAUACCAUUCAUAAAACAAAGUGACAGCAUUAGAUUACUUCCAAAAUACUCUGCAAUUCUAGGCAAAUCAGCAGAUGAUGGAGUCUCUAUGGAUGAUUUGGAUCACCUACAGCAAGAUUUGGAAAAACUUUACUCAACCAGUGCUAUUCGAAUAAGAUAUUUCCUGUCAGAAAUUGGUGAAGUAGACAGAAAUGAUGAGGGACCUGAUCGUAAAGCCCAUGAUAAGACAUCUCUCAAACGAAAACGGCCAGAUGAAAAACCCAAAUUCAAAGAUGCCAAAAAUGGCAUGAGGGUCAAGAAAAAAACUGUAGGGUUCCCAGCCAAAUUAAUUGAUGAUUUCCUCCAAGAAAUUCCCAAAGUCACUUUGCCAAAAAAUGACAAUUCAGAUAAGUUCUGGGCUUCUAUUGAACCAUUUUGUUCCAGUGUUACAAAAGAUGAUGUUGCAUCCCUAGAUAGUAUCAUACAAGAAUUCUCUAAAGAAAUUGAUAUAAAGAUUCCUGAGGUUGGGGACCAUUAUGCCAAUGGUUGGUCAGAAGAAAUUAUCAAUGAUGAACAAAAUCUGGGCAAAUCACCUUCAAAAAAAGGUGCUCCCACAUCUGAUAUCAAGAAAAAUGGUCUGCAUGCAAUGCUUGAGACAUUUUCUUCACCUCAAACUCAGAGACUGUUGAAUAGCCUGCCCAAAAAUGGAGAGAAUGAAAGGGAGCCAAAUAAACUGAAAUCAACAGAAUUUGGAAAAUUUAGGACAUCAAGUGCAGGACAGAAAGUUGGUAGAUGUUUAGAUAGGAGACUGAAAAAAGAACUUAUGGAACAGGGUAUUAUUACUAUGGAAGAUUUGGCAAAGAACAUGCCAGAAGAUGAAAUUUUGAAUGAAAUAACUAAGUGUCAACAAGAGUUGGCUACUGUGAAUGAAUACAAUAUACAGGAACUGAAUAAACUGAAAAGCAUAGUAAUGAAUGAUCUGCGUUCAAGUGAAAUGAAAGAGCAACUGGAUAAAGUUGAUAAACAGGUUCUAGAAUUAUACAAUAAGAUUAUUGUAGCUCGAAAAACUGCCCAACAAGUAGAAGGUGAUGAUUUUGAUAAAGUAGUGUUCACUGAACAAGUUACAAGAGAUUUUGAAGGUCAAGCUGAUGCCUUAUUGAAACAACAAAUAGAGUUGAAUCAUGAAAUAAAUGGUCUCACAGAUAGGGAUAUGAUUUACUGAUAAUCUGUAAUAAACUCACAGAAUCUGGUGUAUUAGUUAAUCAGAAGUUGUGAAUCAACAACUAUUUUAGAUUGAGUGUAUUAUUUGGUCACCUGCACAGCAAACCUGAAUCAAUAGAUGUAGUGUCUAUAUUGUCUAUAUUAGUGUAUCAAAGAGAUCAAACACUACCAGUGAGUCAUCAAAAUGUGCUUCAUUCUGGAAACAUACAUUUAAGUUUUUGGGUCAACAGGUGAACUACCUACCUGAACAUCUCAACACCAAUAUAGACAACUAUUGAUGAAUAACAAAUUUUAUAUCAUCUCUGAAAUAAUGAUUUUAGCUUUGUUCUCAUUUUAUUCCCUGUGAAGGAACCUCACUCUUUCCUAUUAAAUAUUAUGAGAAGCUCUUUUCUGUCCAGAGAGUGAGGUUUAUUCAAUGUGCAAGUAAUUAAUUUCAUUUUUUGUAAAUCUACAUUGAUUAUAUUUUUUAUACACAUGGGUAAAUAGUUUUCAUGUUCAUUUUAUCAUGUAUGAUGAGUUAAGUUCACAACUGAUAUCAUUUUUCCUCAAUUUUAGUGGUAAAAUGUCUUAUUCACGUUUGUUGGUAAAUGUUUUAUUAUUGAUAUUUUGAAUUUACAGUGAUAAUCGGAAAAUCUGAACCAUAUGGAAAGCAAUUUUGACUCUUUAUUUCAAAUUUAUCUUUAUCAAUUGAGAACGCCUUAAUGUUUUUAUAGUAAAAUGCUAGAAACAUUUCUAAGCUGAUUUGCUCGGGAGUGUCUGUUGUCAAGAGAUGCAGAAAUUUUGAAUGAGAAUUACAAUCAACAGUAACGAAUUUAUCCAAAUGGUGCAAAUUUUCCGCUGAUACGGAAGCAAGGUGUAGAAAAUUGCAAUGCGAUAUUGAAUUGAUAUUAGAAUUAAUCAUAUUCGUUUAUGAUUUACAGCACAUACCUAUACUCGGAUUUUAAUCAGCGUCAAUGAUAGUUUGUAGAUAUAUUUGUCCCUACAAUAAUUUCGGUGAUAUAUUUGUUUCAACUAGGAAUAUAAUCUUGUACAGAUCUCGUUUCUGUGAGAAAUGAAAUUAUGUUUUAUAUCACAUUUAUUCCCAUAAUGAACCUUUUUUUUCUCAAGAACCAUGAUUAUUUUAUGAAUUUUAUAUAUUUUUUCAAACCAGCUCGAUUUUUUUCAUGUUUCUCGCAUGUCAUUCUAGGCUAGAAGAAUAUACGUAUUUUCACCAGGU